AUGAAGAGCUUAUAUGAGGUUACCGGAUGGGUACUUAUUUCCUUUGGGAUUACAAGCAUUUUUUCUGGAAUUUUGGCUUUUUUUCCUGCUUUUUCUUACAAGCCUUGGUUUGUUGGCUGGAGUGUUCGAAUCGCCUGUCCCAUCUGGAAUGGAGCUGUGGCUCUUAUUGCUGGUGUGCUUGUCCUUCUGGCUGACAGAGAACACACGCAAAGAUCACGGUGGGAAGCUAGUUUCAGUUUUGGAGUAUUGAGCAUCACAGGCAGCUCGAUUCAAUUUGCUGUUGCCAUUGCAGCCACCCUCCUGGGUCCAUACUGCUACUAUUCUUUUGCAGGGAUUGCUGGGACCAAUUAUCUUGGUUACGCAGUUCUCAUCCCUUUUCCCUACACCAAAUUCACAGCUAUCUGCAAGGACCCAUUGUCCUACGAGUGGUACCAUCUAGUUUUACAAAUACUAGACCUUUGCUCCAGUUUUGCUAUGUUUUGUGCAUCUUUAGCUUUUGUCAUCAAGCUCACUGUAAGACUACUCCAGUUUGGACAUUUAAAUGGGCAAAGACAUGUAUGGUAA